CGGGCCGCUGUGCUGUCUCCGCGCGUGGACCAACGUACUAGUGGCUGAGACAGUAUUAACAUCUAGGUAGGCUUGGCUACUACAGAGGCGAAAUGGCUGUGGAGGUGUUGCCGAGUGCAAAGUGGCUGUACUGUGGGGAGCCCAACGAGAGCCAGAGGGCUGUACUAGUUCAGUUCUCCAAUGGGAAGCUGCAGAAUCCAGGUAACCUGCGCUUUACCUUGUACAAGAGCAACGACUCCACAAAUCCCAGGAAGAGGAGUCACCGGAUCCUGGCAGCUGAAACAGACAGACUUUCCUACGUGGGAAACAAUUUUGGGACUGGAGCCCUCAAAUGCAAUACUCUGUGCAGGCACUUUGUGGGAAUUUUGAACAAGGCCUCUGGCCAAAUGGAGGUGUACGAUGCUGAACUGUUCAACAUGCAGCCACUGUUUCCAGAUGAAUCAAUUGAGAGUGAAUUGACUUCAGAGAAUCAGAGCAGAACUUUCAGAGAUAAGAUGGACUCCUGCAUUGAAGCCUUCGGUACCACCAAACAGAAGCGGGCCCUGAACUCCAGGAGAAUGAACACAGUGGGCAACGAAUCUUUGAGUCAUGCAGUAGCUAAAGCCGCAGAGAGCAUUAUUGAUACAAAGGGUGUGACCGCCCUGGUCGAUGACGCCAUGCGUGAUAACUUGCAAGAUGACUCCCUCUACCUCCCUCCCUGCCACGCUGAUGCAGCCAAGCCUGAAGAUGUGUAUAAAUUUGAAGACCUUCUUUCCCCUGCGGAGUAUGAGGCUCUUCAGAGCCCAUCUGAAGCCUUCAGGAAUGUCACGUCAGAAGAAAUACUGAAGAUGGUUGAGGAGAACAGCCACUGCUCCUUUGUCAUAGAAGCGUUGAAGUCUCUGCCAUCAAAUGAGGAGAGCCGAGACCACCAGGCCCGAUGCAUAUGGUUUCUGGACACGCUCAUCAAAUUCCGAGCACAGAAAGUGAUUAAGCGCAAAAGUGCCCUGGGGCCUGGAGUCCCACACAUCAUCAACACCAAACUGCUGAAGCACUUCACCUGCUUGACCUACAACAAUGGCAGUUUACGCAACUUAAUUUCUGGCUCUAUGAAGGCGAAGAUCAUCGCGUAUGUGAUCAUACUCGCCUUGCACAUAAAUGACUUCCAGAUUGACCUGACGGUGUUACAGAGGGACCUGAAGCUCAGUGAGAAAAGGAUGAUGGAGAUAGCAAAAGCCAUGAGGCUGAAAAUCUCUAAAAGAAAGGUGUCUCUGGCAGCCGGCGGGGAGGAGGAGCACAGACUGGGCACCCUGUGCAUCCCGCUGCCCCCAGCCCAGCUGGACCGCCAGUCAAAGCGGAGGAGAAUGACGUAGAGGUGUGCUUUCCGGACAGAGCAGCUCGGCCACAUCAUAGCCACCACUUCCGUUCAUUUCUGCUUUUCAUUUUUAAAAAGAGGAAAAAGAAGCCCUGCUCUGAUGUGGGUAUGAAGCCACAAGCUGGCAUCUCAGUUGUGCUUAAGCAGAAACAUCACACGACUGCUGCAUUGGACUUCGUCUCCCUCCUCCAGUGUUGUGACUGUAAAUGGCAGCCGUUCUCGUGUUGGUUCAUGUGUGGUGAUGGGGGAGGCGGGGCCUGGGAAGCCAGAGCCAGAAGAUCUCACAGGCUGAACCCUGGGCCACAUCUAGUAGAUACGGGUUAAUAAAGAGUACUGGGAAGUACA